CCGCAGAAAACCCAUUCGAAACUUCUGAUUGUUCCAAGUGUAAACAGAAGAGACUCCGUAGACUGCUUUGCAAUUUAUCUAUCGCCUUGGUACUCUUUAUAGUGACGUGCAAAAACAGCAAGGGACAUGAGCGGAAGACAGCUGUAUGCAGUUUUGGCUGCAGUCCUUAUCACAUGUGGGCCAGAUAAUGCCAACGCUCAGGUCUCAGGCACCGAUGGUAUGAAUACAACAGCCACAAAUAUCAUAAAUGCCAACACUUCCUCCAGUAAUACAGGAACUGAGAAAGGUGAUUCUCGGAUAUUGGAGGUGGUUAUGUACAUACUGCUUGUUGUCAUGUGGCUCACUUUACCUUUCAUGUCCUGGGGCUUUGUCAUUCCUGCUACCAUUAUCUUUCGCAGUAUCUUUGUGGAUUUGCUUGGGGUGAAUAUGUUUGUAGAAGUUUUCGGUGGAACUGGAGGUAGUGGUCCCCUAAUGCUUGUUGAAGAUGCCUUCCGGGGGGUCUUCUUAUAACUUCCAAUGCAUAUACAUUGCUCGUCAUUCAUGCCCAUCAGUCCUAGACGUCACUAUCUCUGUAGAAAGUCUCUACUAAUACCAUUGGAAUAGUAGUACCAAUCUGUUUUCUGUAAUGUGAUUUGGAUUCAGGUGCUAAAUUUUCAGCAAAGAGCGAGAGGAAAUAUGAAAGUGGAACAUAGUCAUUAAUCAAACAAGGUACUCAAAUGAUUCAAAUGUAAGAUAUGACUGGUAAUGGUUUUUGGUAAAACUACAUUUAAGUUUAUUAAAAGACCAUAGAAGUUGACUAGUGACAGUUUCAAUACAUGACUGGAAUUAUACAAACAUUAACUUAGCAAAUGUAAAUACAAUAUGUUUAACAUUAGAACCCAGCACAGAAAAUAGCUAAACUGAAAUAUUCCUCAAAUAAACUGACCAUAUAAAUGCAAA